AUGAGUACGGUAAUGCUAAUAACGACAAACGGAAUGUUAACAUCUAUAGUUUUACAAAUUUCUUCAAUAUAUUUUACAGUGGCAGCACCUGUAUGCUACAAUUGUGAUUCGAGCUGUAAUGACACUGUCACUUUCAAUGAUGACAAUAUCAGUAAUUUUGAAUCGAUUAAUUCAAAUCGAAUAAGGCGAACAACAAUUGAACAACGUAGCUGUCAUAAAUUCCAACUUGAAUUGAUAUUGAUACCAUUAUCAAUUGCUAUGAUACCAUUUGCAUUAUGUGCUCUAUUACUUUCUGUUUGUUUCUGUGGACCAAAAGAAUCUCGAGGUAAAGUACCAGAAAUGUUCAAGAAAAAUGGUAAAAUUAAUGCAAAAGAUGCGAAUGAAAUCGAUAAGAAAGAAUUUACCUGCAAAAAUGGUAUAAUAAUGCGAAAUGAUAGCAAAAAGACUCGUUUUAGUACAACAAUUUCUUUUAUUGAAGUGAAUUGUAUCAAUGAUGAAAAAGUUAGCAAAAAUAAUCAAACAAUAAUUCCUAAUGCUUUAUUAUGCGAUAUAUCGGAAGAUGAGGAAUAUGUUGCUGGAAAUUAUGAAACAAUUAGAAUGAAAAAUAACAAUCAAACAACAAUUGGAGAAAUCUUAAUGAAUGAGAAGAAAUUAGAAAAUACAAAAGGUUACAUUUAA